ACCAGACGACGCAUCAAUGGGGGGCUGGCACCUCGCUCGCAGCUCGCCGGAAAAACCUACACGGCCGGCGAGAACACAGAAAAGAAACCCCCAAAAAAGAAGACCCGCCGUUACAAGCCCGGUACCGUGGCGUUACGAGAAAUUCGUCGCUUUCAGAGUUCGACAACGCUGCUGAUUCGCAAGGGUCCUUUCCAGCGCCUAGUCCGCGAGAUAGCCCAAUACUUCAAGGGUGACCUUCGAUUCCAAUCCUCGGCCAUCGCUGCUUUACAAGAAGCCACCGAAGCGUACCUCGCCGGCCUAUUCCACGACAGCAAUCAAUGUGCCAUCCACGCGAAACGAGUUACAAUCCAACCGAGAGAUAUCAAAUUGGCACGACGUCUUCGGGAGUCCUCAGCACGAUCAUAG